GAGAGAGGAAGGGAGGGAGAGGGAGCGAGCGAGAGCAGCAUGAGUGCAUAGAAGAAUCAGCAGAUAGAGAAGAGAAAGGAGGAGAAGAGAAGAGAGAAUGUGUGGUAAAAGGCUGGCGCUUCCUCGCUUGUAUCCAGGGCCUUUGUGAAUAAACCAUGGGAUGUAUCGGCUCUCGAACCCUCACAGCAGAUGGAGUUCCCGUGCAGAAGGAUGGGGAACAGCAUGGCCGAACAGACUUUUCAUGGGAUGGAAUCAAUUUGUCCAUGGAGGACACAACUUCAAUCCUUCCUCGACUGAAGAAAAGGAACUCCAACGCAUAUGGAAUCGGCGCUCUGGCUAAGUCUUCUCUGACAGGUGUGUCAGGAGUGUCUCGGUCUAUGAAGGACAAGGUGACGAAGCCAACAGCGAUGGCUCAGGGUCGUGUGGCUCACAUGAUCGAGUGGCAAAGCUGGGGGAUGCAGACGGUGGGUGGAGGGGGCACUGGAGCGGGACGCACCUCCUGCCUGAACCUCCAACGCGAACGCAAACUGGAGAAUGACGCUUACAGCGACCUCAGCGAUGGAGAGAAAGAGGCCCGGUUUGCUGCAGGUGUGCUUCAGCAGUUUGCGAUCUCUGAAGCGACGCUGCUGGCCUGGACUUCUAUGGAUGGAGAGAGUAUGAGCGUCGGAUCCAACCAGGGGAGCGUAGCCCACCUAAGCGAGGCCAACCAGGAAAGCAUCACCAGCCGAGAUCAGAUAAUACAUCAUUCAUCUGCAGAGGUGUGGCCCCACAGUUACGUCUCGCAGGGUAUGUACUGCAUUUCCUCCUCUGAUGCUUGGGAGCCAAUCAGCAACGAGCAGUCGGGCGUGGCCUCUCCCGCCACUGGCUCAUACGGGAUGGGGGUGGGCAACGAGGGCGGAUACGAUCCGAAUACGGCGACUCACUUCCUGUCGCAGCAGCAACAGCAGCAGUAUCAGUUGCAGCAUAUCCAGCACCUGCACCAGAUCCAGCAAUACCAGCAGCAGCAGCUGCUGCAGUAUCAACAGCAGCAGAUGAUGGAGCAAAGACUACAGAGUGCCACCCAUUCUUUACAAGCUACACCCAACAGCACCAUUCACAGUCUGCCUCCCCUUACUCAUCCCCCAUUGGUGGAUUUGUGGGGACCGGGGCAGACUGAGACCUAUCAGGCGGAUAUGGUUGGGUAUGGGGGGAUGCCUGCGGCAGCAGAGGGAGCUGUAACAGAGGAAAUGACCACAGACCACUCACCUUUACUGGAAGCACAGGAGGAGGAGGAGGAGGAGGAGAUCAAGGAUGAAGACGUAACGUUAUAUAUGGAACCAGAACCAGUGACAUUAACACCAUCUCCAGUGACGCAGAGAGAGGAAGUGACCUCAACAGGAGGAAGCAGUCCAUGUCAAACCCCCGGAGAACCAAUCACAGAGCGAAAGCCUUCUGAUGUCUCACCAUCUGUCGUUGAAGAACUGGAAGAGAAGUUAAAAUCCUCACCUGUGGACGUCAUGGCAGCCAACUGAAUGGCAGGAGUGAAACUUGGGCUGACAUUUCAAUCGUUGGAUGGAAAUCAAGUUGCUGGUCGAACCCAAAUCGGAAAUGCGGAGAAGGUUAACGCACAGCUUACGCGAACACUGUUAUGUUUUGUAAGCCUUAUAUUACGGAUGUUUAAAAGUGGAAGGCGGAAAUUCUUGGAAGGAGGAAAUAAUAGAGGAUCAGUCAGGAAUGAUCGAGAUGGAAUAUGAAGUACAUUAAGUUUAAUGUGUGCAUGCUUUUACAAGGAGUGCUAUACUAAAAAUAAAGACAGUAAACUAUAGUAAUAAAACAUCAUAAUGAGAAAAAUAUGGUAAUUUUCUAAUAAAAAACCAAAACAAAAUAUAUAACUGUAAAAUAGCCGAUACAAGCAUUUUUAGCCUAUACUCUUCAGACUUAUUCUGUGUCUGCAAUUUCAGUUCCACAUAAACACAGCAAGAAACAAACAAAAUGUCCAGUGUGAUUUAACACUAUAGACGAGUUCAUCGGCGCAUACGUUUUGUCACGGUUACACCCCCGGCCCGAAGUUAACUUCCAGUCUGUGCUUGUUUAUCAGUCUGGCUUGUAAUGGUUGAUAUGAUUUAUACUAAGGUCAUCUACUUCUUAUUUAUUCUUCUUGUUAUCAUCUCACAUUGAUUGACUCUGUUGUUAUAGAUUUUUUGCGGAAGUCUCCCGAAAGUUAAGUUUGGACCACAAAAGCCUUUUGUUUAUGUUGUUGCUGCUGAAACCGUCUAUAGACUCUCUUUCAGUCUCUCCACCCAUAAUACAUUUCACUAUCUGCAAUGGCAGACGCUCUUUUAAGUCCAUACACGUAAUAACAAUGACCCAUACAGAAAAAAAUUAGUCUAUAACAUUAUACAUUUUCCUGCUUACUGUGUAUUUUAUAAAUAAGGUAUUUAAAAUCCCACCUACUUGGACAACUAAAUACACACAGAUACAUACACAACCAUAUACUUCUACAGUAUAUUUGUGACAACCACAAAUUAAAUGAAUUGUUAUAUAAUUAUGAAUACAAUUACUGACUUUCCAACUUACUUUUAACUUUUCUAGGUUUAAAUUUAUGACAUUUAUUAUUCUAUUUAUUUUUUUUAUAGUUGGUUUAAGAGUUAUUUGUUUGGUUGUUGUUGUUACCCACACACACAUUGACACAUUUACUUCUGUACUGUACUGGAUUGUAACAAAGUGUGCUUCCUUGUGUGUCGUUUGGCAUGCAUGUGGUUUGUCGGUGUAAAACUCUGGAGUCCUAUACAACACUGUAUAGAUAUUUGCACUGGACCUCAGUACUCUGAGCAGAGCCUCAGACUGAUUCUGUGAUAUCUACAGUAUAUGUGUGUUGAGUGCGUACCUGUAAGGGGGUCAGAAUUGCACCGUUUAAAAAAACGUAUUGCACUUGCAUUGGUUUGCUGGGUAAAGGUAGAUUCCUUUUGGAUGAAAAUCAUGGAAAGAAGAAAAUAGAAAAAAACACACUUUUCCACAUUUUGUACACUGGAAGUAAUAAAGGUACAAAAGGGGACAAUGGGAUGGUUCCCUUUAAAAAGCAAACUUUUAUUCAAAACAAAAUAUAAGAUAAAAUUAAUUCAUGAACUCAAAUAUGACCACAAAACCAGUCAUACGAGUCAGUUUUUUGAAAUACAGAAUUAAAAAAUCUGGAAUCUGAGUGUGCAAAAAAUCUGAAUAUUGAGAAAUUCACCUUUAAUUGUCAAAAUGAAGCCCCUAGUGACUGCAUCCUCUCACAAAAACAACUUUUAAUAUAUAUUUAAAGUAUGAUUUUUUAUUUAUUUACAAAAUAUCUUCAUGAAAUAUGAUAUUUACUUAAUAUCCUAAUGAUUUUUGGCAUAAAAUAAAAAUCCUGUCAAUGUAUUUUUGCAGACUGAUCUUACAUAAGUCGUGUUAAUUUGAUUAAUUUAUUUGUGUCCAUGCCAAUAAAUUCAGCUUUUUUGUGCCUUGAGCACAAAUUUCUUUUUCGUGUCACUCGCACAAAUUUCUUUAAAUAGUUUUUUUGUGGCCGUGGCAGAACUUUUUUUUUUCGUGUCAUUUUAUGCAUUGUUUUCUCAUAGUUUUUUCCUACACUGAAAAAAUUAUUCAUUCAAUUUAUAAUUUUUUUUAAGGUAAGUGGUUGCAAUCAAUUUAUUUAAGCUACAUUUAAACCAAAAAUGUGAAAAAAUAAAACAAAGUAAAAAAGUUGUUUAAAUGUUGCUAAAAUAAAUUGAUUGCAACCACUUACCUUAAAAAUAUUUGAGUAAAUUGAAUGAAUCAUUUUUUUCAGUGUAUUUUCUUACCAUUGUCGCUUGGGGUUAGAAUCACUUUCUGUUACAUUUUUAGACAUCCUAACCCAAACCCCAACUCUAACCCCAAGCGACAAUGAUUUAAAAAUGAGAAAACAAUACAUACAAUGACACGAAAAAAAAGUAAUGCUACAAAAAGCUAUUUACAGAAAUUCGUGCGAGUGACAGGAAAAAGACAUUUGUGCUUAGGGCACGAAAAAAGCUGAAUUUCAUGCCAUGGACAUUAAUACAUUUUUCUCAUUUUUAACAUGAGUCUUUCCAAGAGAUCAUGUUGCAUUUUUGGCUUUUGCAACAAAUUUACCUGUGCUACAAAAGACUGGUUUUGUGGUCCAGGGUCACAAAUAAUAAUUCACAAAUAGCACAGAUAGACAUGAAGUUAACAGAGAUUUAGACAGAAUUACAUCAUAUCAGUUUUUUAUGUUUCGUGAUUUUAUUAAAAAUUUAUUCCAUUGCCGUCAAUUCCCAAGAAGUGGACAAUAAGGACCUGAAAUCACAUCUUGUAGAUAUCCUUCAACAAAGAAGACAUCAUGAAAAAAUAGUAUGAGAACAGGAAUGGAUUUUGAGAAUGGUGUGCAUUGAAAGUGACCUCACGAACAACUCAGGCCAUUUGGAAUAAUGAACUGCACAGCGUCUUCCUGUUUGUCGCGGUCACUGAUUAUUACAGUUGCCGUGACGAUACAAACUCUGUGUUGACUGUGUGUUUGUGCAUAAACAGACGUGAAACACAUGCAUCCUGAAACAGGUGCGGUCAUCCGGUUCAAAAACACGGCGAUUACAUCAUUCUGCAUUGUGAUGUCAUGCAUGACUCACUAAGGAUUUAAAAAAAGAUAACAACUUUCUUCGGAGGACACAGUUCACCAUGAUGAUUGUGUUAAAGACUAACUUGAGGGCAAGAAAUAGCAUUAAUAGCUAUGAAGUGUAUUGACUUGAAUGAGUUUAUUUAUUGACUGAUUAUUUAUGCAACGUUGGGACAAUGUUUAUUUUUCUACAAAAUUGUGAGCACCCCUUCCUAUAUACGUUGGGGUACAUAUUAUUUUACUGUUGAGCCUCUGGUUGUUUGCGUGUAAAAGUUUUUUCUCAUUGAAAAACUCAUUGCAUGUUGUAAUGUACUGCAGUACAUUACAGAGCUUACAUAGUGUUACAUAUAGUAAUCCAGCUUAACUAAAUCAUAUAGAGAUCAGUGUUUAUGUAAAGCUUCAAACCUGCUCCCUGUCCAGUCGCUCACAGUACAUAAUAUGUGCCCAUUUAUUUAUUUAAGAAUUAUAUAGGGGAGGGAUUUACCUUUGCAGCUUGUAUAAAACCUAUUUGUUAUAUGGAGAAAAAGAGUCCUUUGGUUGUAAUGGUGUCACUCUCUCUCUCUCUCUUUUUCUCUCUGGUUUAAGUGAGAAUGUCAUUCCAAUAGUCAUUCAUCCUCAGGGUUUUAUUUUUUACUCAUGAAACAAAAUGAUAGUCAAAUAUAAAGCUUCUUCUUUAUCUUUCAUAAUACAUUUAUGUUAAUGAGAUAGUUGGGGCUUACAUGUACAUACAGUAUAGCAAAAUUUGACUGUUCACAAUCACAAAUACACUGAAGGGUUAACAAGAUCGUGAGUGUGUUAGCUCCAGCAAAAGCACUUAACCCAGAGAUGCUCUGAUAUGACUGCUGCUUUGGAUGAAAGCAUACUUCAAACAUUCUGGAUCGAUAUUUGUGCUGGAUUUUGGGAAAUGUUUCCCUAAUGACACAUUUAUCAACUUUUACUAUCCUAAAUAAGUCAUGAUAUCACUAACAGGGAGGAUGAAUAUCCUCGUACAUCUAUUGGAGUCGAUUUUUAAAGUACCACUUUUCUUUUCUCACACAGUGUGCCUGUAAACAUUGCAUUAUGAUAUUUUCCAGCUCUUAAAUAAAUGCCUCAAAGAUUUUAACUGUAUAAUCGACCUAUUAAACCUACAUGCCAAUCACAGGAUGCUAGGUCAUACUAA